GUGUGGAAUUCAUCCGCCAUGGCUCCUCGGAGAACAUUUUCGAGGAGAUCGACGACCAAGAAGUCACGCUGGGAGUUCUCUCCCAACAUCACGACUUCAGCUUCUUUGAGGAGUCUUUGAGGUACGCACACCCCUUCCGGAAGGUGAUCAUCAUGGGCAUGUGGAUUACCAACCAAACGAACUACACCAUCGACACGAUGCGAGGCGAAACGCACAUCGAGACCCGGAGGGGUACAGGAACUCCUGGGAUGCUGCUUUGCAGACUUGCUUCGCUGGUGACAACAAGGUAUGUGGUCUUCACAGAUACCCACAACAUCAUCGCCAGCCCGAUGUCCAUUCUGGUGGACGGCAGAGGCUUCCCGGUGCUCCCCUACGUGCCAGCCAGCUCUUGGUCCUGCCAGCAGUACAGUUCCUGCACCUCC